UGCCUCGGCCCAUCCAUCGCAUGACCUUAUUUUGAUUAUUUUCUUUUUCGUUUUUCUAUCAUCCCAUUCCAUUUUCGGAACCACUUUAUACGGGGCUUUGUCGACGAAUCACCAGUAUGAGUCAAGGUGGUUUCAUUGCCUGAUAAGUGAUAAUCAUAGGCAACAACCAUAAUCGGGGCUGAAUUGCUCUCGGAGGUGUAUCGCAUGGACGAUCUAGACACCAUGGCUUCGAAAUCGGUCUCGGCUCGCCCGGGCCUACUGAAUCCUAGUCGUCCCGUCAGAAGCUUGUCGGUGGUCUUUUGGCUCUGGAAGACAAUCGUUUUCUUGGUCGUUGUUGGAUGCCCUGGGCCAGGUUAUGAUACGUCCACGAGCCUUCUUCCCCAGCAGGGUGUCGGUUCGUUGAGUCUGUCGGCACCCCUGAAAUUUGUCAGGUGGGAUUCAAUAUAUUUUGUGCAUAUUGCAGAAAGUGGUUAUGUGUUCGAACAAGAGUGGGCAUUUAGUUAUGGGUUUGGCAAAACCAUCGCUUUCCUCAGUUCCGGUGUGUUUAUCUGUUCCCCGAGUAACCAUAUAUGUAGAUACUGAUGGGUGUUCUUUUGGUAGUCUUGAGUCCUUGGGACAAUGUCUUGGAUGGAUCCGCCAAAAUCGCAAUCGCAGGGGUUGCGCUUUCGCAUCUUGCCCAUUAUCUUUCGGUGCUAGCCUUGUAUAGACUCUCGAUUAAUGUCUUUGGCCAAGAGACGACCACGCAACGACUCGUUUGCUUUCUUUCUGCCGCGUUGCACAUCAUUUCUCCUGCGGGGGCUUUUCUCUCGGCCCCGUACGGAGAACCGGUUUUUUCGUUCUUCAAUAUCACCGGACUUUAUAUCUACUCUUCGUCCGUCUUGGAUAACGAGGUUGGUAAGUCGGUGCUCAGAAACGCAAAGCUGCUAUUGGCGGCAUUAGUCUUCUCGGCUGCCACAGUAGUUCGCAGCAACGGCUUUCUCAGUGGUUUCUUGUUUGCCUACGAUGCUCUUGUUCAACUCCAAAGACUUUUGUCUCGAGGUGUAUCGGUCGAUGCUUUUGUUCAUCUAGGCGUUGUCGUCAUCAGCGGCUGCAUCUUAGCCCUGGGCUUUGUCGUUCCCCAAUUAUUCGCCUAUGCGCAAUAUUGUAUGACGGAAGAUGUCUCGAGGCCGUGGUGCCGGCGUUUGAUUCCUAGCAUAUAUGGCUGGGUCCAAGACAACUACUGGAAUGUGGGCUUCCUUCGAUACUGGACUGUCUCGAAUAUCCCCUUAUUCCUACUUGCUCUCCCCAUGCUCGCCAUCCUCAUUCGAUCAUCUACGUGGGGGUUGAAGGCAUUCCUGGCGUCAAGCCCUCACGAAGCCUCCGACAGUGAACGAGUGUUAUCGUCCAAGACGCAGGCUUCUCUGCUGAUGCGACUCGCCGUCCCGCAAGCCCUGCUUUCGGGACUGGCAAUUACUAACUACCAUGUGCAAAUCAUCAACAGGGUUUCCUCUGGGUAUCCUGUGUGGUAUUGGUACCUUGCUCACCUAAUUCUUGGCGAUUCUGGGGUGAAGCAUAGCCGAAUUUUCACGCUCGCUGUGCCAGGAGCAGUCAUUUAUGCGCUCAUACAAGCGGUUCUCUUCGGCUCUUUCCUCCCACCAGCUUAGGAAGUAGACAUACAGUUGCUUUUCACAUGUGUUCUGUGCGUUGUCUUCUUACUUUCUCAUCCUUUUCCUACUCAAUUUAAGGCCAAGCAUAUUAUCCUACAUAUGGUAUUCACAAGUCCGGGUUGUUAUGUGCGAACUUGUAUUUUUUUUCUCUUCUUCUUGAUAAAUCAUUUUUUGGUUAUCUCUUUAA